CCGAAAUUCACCACACAAUGUGGCAGCCUUCUGAUGAGAUAUUGCCCAGUUCGGAAUCGAAAAAUAGUGUUUGCACCAAAUCACUGUUACAUAAUUUAGUAAAGUCGCGUCGUAUUGGAAGUGCAAGCUCAAGCUCUUUGGAUCAACAAAGCAAUAGUUCGAGCUUGGAAUCCAUCAAAUCAUUUGCUUUGGAUGGCAAUCAAGCCUUAUCUACGUCAUGUUCCGAAGAUUCCUUCGAAAUGUCCGGUACAACUUCGAGACAAACUACUGAAGAUCCUUCACAACUAUCGCAUCAGAGUUUGAACUUGACACCCGGUUUUCUGGACUCAGAAAAUCCAGUGCAACCAUCGAAUAUACCAUUCGAUUAUCACGAUCAAAAAUCCUCUGAAUGCAACAAUUCAGAUCAGAUGUCGAGAGAUAGUUUAGAACCAUGUAGCUCGUUGGAAAAAUCCAGUUCACUGAAAAAUAUAAACUUUUCAACAAAAAAGAAUCCACUAACCUUAACAAGCUAUCACCUUGACCGUUUCAAUAAACUAAAUGAUGUCCAAGAGAUUUCUCGGGAUGAGGUAACUGUGAAUCGAGAUGGAGCAAAAAUUACCGAAUCAUGGCCUAUGCAUCAUGCCCUCCCAGGUACAUGGAAAUGCAAAAAUUCCAUCAAAAGGGAUAAAGCUUCUUUGCGGGAAUUUAUCGACAAGGAAUUAGAUAAUUUAGAUACAUGUUUACCACAGCUGGAUUUUAAUAAACUUGAAGAAAAACUGAGUUGCGCAGCAAUGGAACGAAUAGUAACGGAAAGAAAAUUACUUGGUGAACAGGUACGUCGCCGUUUAGCACUUCAAGUGGACCAGUAUACAGCAGAACCAGCACCACGAGUUUACACAAGGCCAUUGAAGUCAAAUCUCGGAUUUCGCUUGCAGACAGCCAUGAAUUUGCAGGUCUGCUAUAUUAAUGAUCUGAAAGAUGAAGAAGAAGACGAGGAGGAAAGUUCAGAUGAUGGCUUUUCUAUGCCCAAAUCGAAGUCUGCACCGAAUCUACGAAGUUCGGUGAUCGAUGGUUCCAAUUUGAAUGCUUCGCAGUUACGUCAAGUUAUGUCGACGAUAGAAGAAAAACGACAAGUUUUGGAAGAGGAGACCAAAAUGAUGCUUGCGAAGGCGAAACAAGCUGCGAGGAUGCAGAUGGAAAUCGAGAAACUUAACACAAAUCGAUUUACCACAGCUAUCCCCCCGAAAGCUUCUAGGUUGCAGUUAUCGAAGAUGACACGUCAGCAGCUCAUUGAAAUAAGUAAAAAGAUUAGCAAGCGUAUUAAUGAAGAGAAUGCGGAAUUAAUGAGGCUACUAGUUGAAAAAGAUUCGUUGUAUAUGCAGCAGGACUCGAUGCUUGUCGAUAUUGAAGAUAUGUUACAGCAUGAGAGCAGCGCAGAAUCGCUGAAUUUGCCCGAUUUUUUGAAGAUACAAGCAAAUCCACCUGUUGUCAUGUCUAAAUUUCGCACUUUCAAGGGCUAAAUUUUUUUUUAUAUUUCUCUUCAUUUAUCACUCACUGCGGUGGUGAUCUCAGGAAUUAGUACUCGUAAGGAAGUAACGACUUGCUACUUAAUCGUUAUGCCUCAUUCAAAGUGAACUCAGAUCAAGAUUAAUUCUAUUCAGAGCACUGUUACAGCCGUUGAAGUGAAGAACAUUAUAGCUUUAAAUACUGUCUUGAAAACUUAUUAUUUUCCCUUAAUCGUCUGAUGCAUUCAUUAUAACUAAUAGUUAACACUACUACUAACCGGCUCUUUAAUGUGUAAAUCAAUACCAGAUAAUCAGUUUUCGCUUUUUCUUAUAGUUUUCUUCUUUUCUAAUUU